GAUCUUCGCUCGCCUAUGUACUGUUUCUUCAGAACCUCAAUGACAUUCACCUGAUUUAGCCCCCCGUCAUUAGUACAAGAGAUACUUAAGCAAUGGUGCCUGUGCGAUUAGGGUACAUAGCAAUAAAUCCAAACGAACCCUCUCACACUUUUCUCCUCCAUUAAGUGCUGGCAACAACAGCCCAAUGAUCGAGCUAAACUCCGCAUCUUCAUGGAGGACUCCAGUUGCUGUUGCCCUCUAUCCGUCACCUUUUUGGCGGUGGCGAUGAAGCAUUUGAUUGUUGCUGCUGUUGUUGUGGAUGUCGUGUGUGCAAACUCAGCAGUGGGAUUCUCAGUAGCUCAUAAAUUUUGAAUUCCGACAACCGAAAAACACACAAAUUGUGAAGGACCAUGACACGCUGGAGCAACAUCAAGGAGAGCGCUCUGUGCAACCGAGGGAGCACGACCCCUCGAUCCCCCACUGGCACAGGUCAAACUACUAGUGGUAUCAAUCGAAAGGCCAGUAUUUUGGAUCUCUCCGAUGAUGACAAUUCCCAGUCGUCAACAUCGGACACUUCUAUUUCUCUCAAUUCCAUCUCGUCUCAUCAAGGAUCCAGUACCACAUUCGCAUCAUGUACUGGCAGCCCGACCACCAUGAGCCCCCAAAACUCGCCGUCACUCUUUUUCAAACCGGCCAUUCCCACUCACAGCUCGUCGUCGCUUCCCAAUUUGGAAGGAUCCUCGUCCUCCGACCUGUCAGCAGCAGGCUUGGAUGCGUCCUUGGUGUCGCUCCAAAGCCAGAUUGUCACUCCCGACGACAAGACGAAACAGCAACAACAGCAACCACCAUCGUCCAUGGAUGCCAACAUUUCGCCGGAAGAAUUUCGAACUGCCGCUACCGAGUUGGCCAAUGACAUUUUGUGGAUCCCUCCUCUAAUGGGUCUUCUCGCACCCGAGGAGAAUCGCAAAAUAUCCGCCAAGAUUUGGGGCAAACGAAACCGUUCCGAUGCGGCUUGUCGAUUGCCGGCACGCACCAGGACCCAAAAGAAAAUGGCAGCAGUGACUCCCGAGCCGAAACAAGACAUGGCUCCGUCUCUGCGAAAGCGUACCAUUGAUCUGGAAGACGACGACGACGACGAGCCCAAAGUCAAAGGAGGGUGCUGGCCUCAAAUGGCUGGACGGGGAGCAGGAGGUGAACCAAAAACACCCACUUCACUUCGGAAAGUAGUGUCGCCUCCGUCGUCUCCUUCCAUCAUUCGCAAUGAAAGGCAACAGCAACCAAAGAGUGAAAGCUUUCUCAUGAAGGAGGAGGAGGAGAAAAGGAAUAACAACUCAUUCCAUGCUACUUCUAUAGGCAACAGACGUCAUAGCAGCAGGUCCCGCAGACGUCAAUCUAGUAGUCGAACCGAAAAGCACCAGCAACCCAAGAGACGAAACAGUCAACGAGAACAAGUAGCUAAGGAACCAAGAAUUGAAGGUGGGUGCUGGCCCAAGGUGGCCGGACGCUCCAAUGCGACAGCUGGAGAAUGCAAGCCGCCUUCCUCGCUUCGAAAAGUUGCGCCUUCCUCUCCACCUGCACGCACUGCAACUGCAACUCUGCAGCAGCCAAAGAGUGAAAGCUUCCUCUUGAUGAAAGAGGAGGAGGAGAAGACGAAUGAGAAUAAGAAUAACUCCAUGCAUGAAACCAGACGCGGUCGCAGCAGAUCCCACCGGCGUCAACCGUCCAGAGAGCUCAGAAGACACAACAGCAGCAAACGAGAUGGGGCUGAUGAGGAAGAACCAAAAUUUGAAGGUGGAUGCUGGCCUCGAGUCAGCCAUGCCGCCGAAGAGGCUCUUCGUCAACCCGAGUCCUCCUCCAAGGCUCCUAUGUCGCUUCGGCAACUCAAGCCAUCCUCUGCACGCUACUCCCGUCAACAGCCCAAGAGCGAAGGUUGUCUGAUGGACAAGACGAACAGUUCCUUCCAUCAUGAGAAGAAGAAAGAUCGCAAGGAUCGUCGUACAUCCAGCCAGGAUCGGCCAAUCAAGCAAGGAACGAAAAAGUCUGAUAGCAACAGAAACGAACAAGAGCCCACAGAUGAUGAUGGUAUCGAGCUCGUAAUGCCGGAGGUGAGCUACGGCAACCCUGAAAAACCCAGGCGUGCGUCGGAUUCCAAGGCCCCGUCGUCGAUGCGACACAUGUCUAGUAGUACAGCACCAGUCCAGCCUGUUCGGUAUGCCUUUCAGCAACCCAAGAGCGAAAGUUUUCUCAUGGAAAAGAGGAAUAACUCGCUCCGUGAGAAGCGUACCAGUCUUCACCGCAGAUCCAGCCGGCAUCAGCCCACAACCGGAGAGCCGCUCAAGAGUCAGAACAGUGGCAGCUUGAGAGGACUCGUGAACGGCCGUAGUUCCUCCAAAAAAGCACUUCGAACCAAUUCUUCGUCCAUGAGGGACAGUCUUCGCAGAUCCGGGUUGGGAUCCUUCCUCCAUAAGCGUCGCUCGUCGAAUAGCAACCAUGGUGUGAGAACUGGCGUGGCCCGGACCACUUCCAAUCAUCGGCCAGGGGGCAGCAACCACCGUCGUUCCUCCAAGAACGCCAAAGAGAUGAACAUCUUUUGCUCUGAGUUGGUCGGCACAGACUAUAUCUUGGCGCAGAUUCAAGAAGCCAAGGAAAACCCCGAGAUUGUCCGGUUGGAGCUGGAAGACUUGUUGGAACGUUGCACGGGUGAACUUUCCACAGCCAUCAAGGAUCUCUUGGAGCACGACGAUCGCCCAUGGGAGCAAGUGAGUUUUGUGAAUGAAGUCCGCAUGGAUGAACAUUCGUCCUACCGCCCCUGGCUACAGCGCAAGAACCAUUUCUUUCGCCACCUCGGGACUGUUUGCACACGCAAGUUGAUCCCCAUGACCUGCUCCACGAAACUCAUUAUUGAGGAUGCUAGCGUCUAUGCAGCUGACGACGACAAAGACGACGAUGAGGAUGACUCAAUUGUGAGUGUCCCGGACGACGACGAGUGCCUUGUGCAGCUGCUGUGUGAUGUCCAGAAGGAUACGAGUGUCACCAGAUUGACGUUGUCAAGCAGCCACAGCACCCCUGCUCUCGUGGAUGCGUUGGCAAACCUUUUCCAAUGCGACGAUCGAAAGUGGGAAUCCGUGCAGCUGAAGCUGUCCGGUCAGGCACCCUUUCCGAUUCAGAGCCCUGAACAUGACGCUUGGUGUGAGAUUAUGAAAACCCGUGGGCAGGAAAUGAAACGGGUUGCCAGAGAACGAGGCAUUGAUUUGGGCGAGUGAGGAAGUCCGAGAUAGGUUGCAACCAUCGUCGUCUCUUGACUGCGCUCUCCUUGCAUCGGCAUCAAAAGCAAUGUUACCCACUCUCGCCAGAUGCUGUUUUGAUGGUUUGGUAGAUAACAUGAGUUAGAAGAUAUAGUCGUACCACUAUUCAGAAUC